AUGGUGGAACAUGUUUUGAGAGUGGUCCAAGCUUGCAGUUCUUCACCAUGUCUGAAUGGUGGAACUUGUUCAGGUGAUGCCAAUGGUUAUACAUGCCAAUGCCCUGUAGGAUAUAAUGGAGUGAUCUGCGGAAACACAGACUCUGUAAGUCCCUGUGACAAUUCCCCCUGCGGAAAUGGAUCGACUUGUCUGCAGAGCGGGACUGGGGGUGGUCAAUCGUAUUUCUGUAUUUGUACUCCUGGUGGCAUUCCGCAACUAAACUGUGAAGUCCAAGCUUGCAGUUCUUUACCAUGUCAGAAUAGUGGAACUUGUUCAAGUGAUGCCAAUGGCUACACGUGCCAAUGCCCUGUAGGAUAUAAUGGAGUGAACUGCCAAAUCACAGCUUGCGAUUCGUCACCAUGUCAGAAUGAUGGAACUUGUUCAGGUGAUGCCAAUGGCUACACAUGUCAAUGCCCUGCAGGAUUUGAUGGAGUGAACUGUGAAAACACAGCUUGCGAUUCGUCACCAUGUCAGAAUGGUGGAACUUGUUCAGGUGAUGCCAAUAGCUACACAUGUCAAUGCCCUGCAGGAUUUGAUGGAGUGAACUGCGAGAACACAGUAUUACCAUGCGAAUCUAGUCCUUGUCUUAAUGGAGCGACUUGCCAUAACUUCGCAGACGUGUUGAUCGACCUCCCAUACUCGUGUAUGUGUGCUCCUGGAUUCAAUGGUCCUAGUUGUGAGAAUGUUCUAGAUUGCAGUUCUUCACCCUGCCAAAAUGGUGGUACGUGUAUGGAGGAAGCUAAUGGUUAUACAUGCCAGUGCCCAUCCAUGUAUACAGGAACAAACUGUGAAGUAUUACCAUGCGAGUCGAGUAGUCCUUGUCUGAAUGGAGCGACCUGCCAAAACAUCGAAGAUGUAAUGAACGAUCCCCCAUACACUUGUAUGUGUGCUCCCGGAUUCGAUGGUCCUAUUUGUGACAAUGUCCAAGCAUGCAGUUCUUCACCAUGUCAGAAUGGUGGAACUUGUUCAGGUGAUGCCAAUGGCUACACAUGUCAAUGCCCUAAAAGAGCAGAAUACUUGUGUCGGUGUCCUACAGGAUAUACCGGAUUUAAUUGUGAGACUGAAUUCCAAGCUUGCAGUUCUUCACCAUGUCAGAAUGGUGGAAGUUGUUCAGGCGAUGCCAAUGGCUACACGUGUCUAUGCCCUGUAGGAUUUGGUGGAGUGAACUGCGAAAACACAGGUAUUUCUCCCCACACGGUCUAUAUGUGA